AGUAGCCCAGCCUUUACACCGGUUAAAUAAGCUCUCAUGUUAGAGACAGCACUUCCAUGUUGUGAGCACAUUAACAGUGAAAGGAUUCCCUGCCGCUCCACACACAGCGCUGCGCUUUGCCGCCGAAUUUCCUCCACCUGGUCCACGAGCCCCGUUGUUCUGAUAUUGACUCUGCUUUGUCUCCUCCGCCACACACUGGAGCCGUCACACAUAUCCACCUUCAAACACUUGUGACCAACAAGUCCAGUCUUGCACUUGAACUGGACAUCUAAAACGUGUCCCGUCUUUUUUUUUUUUUUUUUUUUUUUUGCUUCUGUUUUCUAUUUGUAAUUUUUUUUUUUUUUUUUUUUUUUUAAAUGCUACAAUGUCGUCUUUGCCAGGAACGGUACCGCGGAUGAUGCGCCCUGCUCCCGGACAGAACUAUCCCCGCACUGGAUUCCCUCUGGAAGUGUCCACUCCUCUGGGCCAGGGGCGGGUCAACCAGCUCGGAGGGGUCUUCAUUAACGGCCGGCCGCUGCCCAACCACAUCCGACACAAGAUAGUGGAGAUGGCCCACCACGGGAUCCGGCCCUGCGUCAUCUCCCGCCAGCUGCGGGUCUCUCACGGCUGCGUCUCCAAGAUCCUGUGCCGCUACCAGGAGACCGGCUCCAUCCGGCCCGGGGCGAUAGGAGGCAGCAAGCCCAGGCAGGUCGCCACGCCGGAUGUGGAGAAGCGAAUAGAGGAGUACAAGCGGGACAACCCCGGCAUGUUUAGCUGGGAGAUCCGGGACAAGCUGCUGAAGGACGGGGUGUGUGACAGAAGCACAGUCCCUUCAGGUGAGGCUUCCUCCGUGAGUUCGAUCAGCCGUGUACUUCGAGCUCGAUUUGGAAAAAAGGACGAUGAGGACGAGUGUGAUAAAAAGGAUGAAGACGGAGAAAAGAAAAGCAAACACAGCAUCGACGGCAUCCUGGGCGACAAAGGUAGUCGGAUGGAUGAAGUGUCAGACGUGGAGUCGGAGCCUGACCUCCCCCUGAAGCGGAAGCAGCGCAGGAGUCGCACCACGUUCACUGCAGAGCAGCUGGAGGAGCUGGAGAAGGCUUUCGAAAGAACCCACUACCCCGACAUCUACACCAGGGAGGAGCUGGCCCAGAGGACCAAACUCACAGAGGCCAGGGUCCAGGUUUGGUUCAGCAAUCGAAGGGCCAGGUGGCGAAAACAAGCAGGAGCUAAUCAGCUAGCAGCUUUCAACCACCUGUUGCCGGGCGGAUUUCCUCCCACAGGAAUGCCAACACUUCCUACAUACCAGCUGCCAGAGUCCAGCUACCCAACCAACACUCUGUCCCAAGACGGUGGUGGCACAGUUCACCGUCCCCAGCCGUUACCUCCAUCCACCAUGCACCAGAGCGGUCUGUCCAGCACUGACAGCAGCUCUGCCUACGGUCUGGCCUCCAACCGCCACGGCUUCUCCAGCUACCCUGACUCCUUUAUGAGCUCUGCAGCACCUAGCAACCACGUCAACCCUGUCAGCAACGGACUUUCCCCACAGGUGAUGAGCAUCCUGAGUAACCCCAGUGGUGUUUCCUCACAGCCACAACACGACUUCUCCAUCUCACCGCUCCACAGUGCCUUGGACUCCUCUCCAUCCAACGCCAUCUCAGCCAGCUGCAGCCAGCGUUCAGUUGAGGCCUCCAUUAAGACGGUGGACAGCCUUCCAUCAUCUCAGUCCUACUGCCCCCCCACAUACAGCACCACCGGCUACAGCAUGGACCCAGCUAUGGCUGCUGCCGGCUACCAGUACAGUCAGUAUGGCCAGACCGCUGUGGAUUACCUGGCUAAGAACGUGAGCCUGUCCAGUCAGCGCAGGAUGAAGCUGGCCGACCACUCAGCUGUGCUGGGACUGCUGCAGGUCGAGACUGGCCAGGCCUACUAGCACUCACCGGACAUGCAACAUGACACCAGGUCACCAGCACAACCCACACCUCCUGCUACCAUCCAUACAAAUCUCCCAGAGACUGUGUGUGUGUGUGUGUGUGUGUGUGUGUGUGCGUGCGUGCGUGCGUGCGUGCGUGUGUGUGUGUGUUGUACAUUGGGCUGAUUUUAUACUUUAUUUUAUGCAACUGUUUCUCCAGGGUUUAAGGAUUGAAUGAUGCAGCUGUCGAAGCUUUAAACAUUCCCAAUGGGACCGACCAAAGCUACUGUUAGGAAUAUUGUUUUAUAUUUGUUGUUCAUAUUGCACGACAGCUAUAAACUAGUGAUAUAAACAAUUACUAUGUAAAUCCUGAGCCAAUCAAUUUAGACUGGGUGACCUGCUCUUGAACUAUUUGGAACUUUUUAAUGUUUUUGAAAGUGUUUAAUUUUCCAUCUGAUGAUCAUAAAUGGCCUGUAACAGCAAACGAGACUAACAGUGAAAAGAACGCUCUUUUUAUAUAGUUUUUAUUAAUGCCCUUGCCCGGGUCCGAUACUCCCGCAAAGUCCCAAAAUGAUUAACGGCCGGCAGACUCGGCUCUACAGUAACACAUUCUGACAGGUCACAGAUUUCAGUGUAACACCGGUAAAGCCUGUGUAAGUGAGUAUGCAGGUAAAAGAUAGCAGGAGAUUUAUAUAGGCCUAAUUGUAUUUAUCAUUUUUAUUUUAGAAGUUAUCUGUUAUACUGGGGCAGUAUCAGCCAUAGUAUGAUUCUGUAUGAUAUACUGUCUGAGCAAAACAUUAAUCGCAACUA